GUAAAGAUCGUCUCCGCGGUGGGAGGGGCCACUGGGCCCAACAACAGCGCUCAUUGUCGGCUGCAGCACUCACUCCCCCUCUCUGAUUCUCCCAACUACGCGCCGCUUGUGCCGCACUGCCGAAACCGCAGAGCACAUCCAAUCAGACUGGUCAGCAUCGUUGGUGCAGGCACCUCUUUGAGUCUGGUGGCCCAUCCCCAGCAGGCAGGUCAAGGCAUGGCAGACAGUCGGCAGCCAGACGAGCAUUGGGCCCCCAACGGCCAAGAGAACGGCCAGAACGGCUACUCGGCCUACCGUGAGAACGGAUUCCACGGCGGGGCGGCUGCGCAUCCCAACGCAACAGUGUGUGUGUCUCUUUCUCCCUCCACAGUGGAUGACUCGGCCAAUUUGCCUCCCUCCCCUCCUCCCUCUCCAUCCGCUCAGCAGAUUGGGCCGGCGCCACAAGAUAAAUUAGAACCUGUCAGUGCUUUCUCUGCGGAGGAGCAACAACAGGAUGAGCAGGAGGAAGUUGCCGUUUGCCAGGAGGAGGAAGUGACAUAUGGGCAAGCGGGCGCCUUAGAACAGAAAGAUUUGCUAGCCGAUGCGCAGGUUUGGGGCUGCGAGCAAGCUCAGGCACCUGAGCUGCAAAAUGGAGGAAGUCGUCACAGGGAACACAGUCCUUCGGAACAAGCCCGACUCGAAGAAAAGACCAAAAAGGAGGCACAAGAGGGAAACCGGGAGAAAACCGUCGGAGCGAUCCAAGUAAUUUCACAAUGUGGUGAAGCUGAUACGGGCUCGGACUCAAAAACCUCCUUUAAGUUCAUCACCACGUCUGAAGAGAGCGAAGAUGAAGCGGAGGGACGGAAAUCCAGAAUGUUUUCUGAACACUUGUGCCCUGUCCCUGGAAGAUUUUUAUCCAAACUCACCCUUGGAGAGCAAAUGAUGGGUGAAGACCAACAAGGGGAGGUCUUUAACGAAUAUUCUGUCCCCAUGCCUUCUCCUGAGGACUCUUCUUACCCUUUGAUGGAUUUUCAAAUCAACAACCUUGGAGAUCAAACAAUCGAUAAUAAAGGAUCUAAUCUUGGAAUAUCGCAAAAAUCACCUUCACGGGGGAAGAUACUGGAAAAAGCUGUGACCGGUGGAAUGAAACCAGAUCGCCUCCGAAUCCCAAAAAUUGGUCCGAAAGACAGACUGACUGAGUUUCCUUUGGGGAACGCUCUACCCGGUGACAUGAAGAUACCAACAAUUCCUGAAGUGGACAUUGAGAAAGACCCUUCAAGAGAAGCCUCUCCUGUCCCACCGGACACUUCCUUCAUCUUUACAUCUCCAGAAACUGAGCGUGAGAGACAGAAACAAGAUUGCAAGAAGUUCCUCUGUGAUCCCAGAACACCUGCAAGGUCAGAAACAAAAGGAAAGGAUGAGAUCCCUGAAGCCCAAAAGCCCUCUGAUGGAACGAGUGCACUCUACUUACAGGAAGGCUCACCAAAGCCACAAUUUCCCUCUCCAGUCAUAAUUAUACCUCAAGCGCAAGUGGAAGAAGAGGAUGACCGAGAGGUUGUUGAAGACCUCGGAUGUGAUGCUGAUGAGCCUGCGCUCCCCAAAGUGGAUCAGAAGGAGCCACAAGUGGCUCAGGUGAUCCAGGAAAAUAACUGUGUCGGGCAAGCUAAGAGGCAUUUUUGCAGCCCCUCCGUAUGUUCUGAUGAGGACCAUCAAGAUGAUGCAACUGAAAGAAGAGAGGAGAAGAAGCAGUCAUCCAUGGAGAUAGGUCAAAAGAUAGAAGACCCCUGUCAAGCUUCUAUUGAUGAAGCUCCAGCAGAUGUCUCCAUCUGUGACACAGACAGUAGCUGGAUUGAUUCGAAAGAUGACGACAAAACUAUCACGACAAAGCAAAUCAGAACUUUCCCGCCGACCCAGAGCGUCACCCUCGGGGUGGACACGCCCACUAAACGGUUCCCGGGCAGAGGAAGUAAAGUUCUCCGCAAAGGUCUCGGCUUUCGUCCAAAAGAGGAGAUGAAGAAAAAAAAAGUCGCCAUCAUACGCAGGGCGGACCAGAAUAAGGUCUCAGCCUUCCAGGCUCGAAAAAGUCUAGCCAAAGCUGCGGUCAAACAUCCUCGGCCAGCUCUGCUUCACAGACGCAAAGCCGCAGGUGUAGAAAGCUCUCAGCCCUUAAGUGUCCACCAGUCCAGGGAGAGACCCACCCCUUUGUCCUUGCAUCUUUCUCGGCAGAGAACAUCUAGCCCCACACGGCCCGUUCUGUUAAAAAUGGCAAUGCAGAGCCAGCAAUCCCCGGGGCCUGACUCCGCAUGUAGCCUGAAACGGAGCCCCCAGGUGGAGGCGGUGCUUAGUGAAGCCCCGCCCACCUUGGCAUGCUCCCGCACUGCCCCUCAGAAAAACAUACAGGAGAGAACAUACCGUAGUCCAGAGAAAAGGUCAUCGCUCCCCAGGCCGUCCAAAUCACUGACCCGCCACCUUCCUGCAUCUGAACAAGAGGACAACAGCACCCCCUGCAGGCCAACCUGCACGGACUCUGGACGUUCCUGGUCAGCUCGCAGCGGCACUUCCACCCCCGGAUCCACUGCGGUUACGCCCGGCACACCCCCUAGUUACUCCCGCACGCCCGGUUCGCGCACCCCCGGAAGCCACACACCCAAGUCCUUCAGCGUUCUCCAGGAGAAGAAGGUCGCCAUCAUCCGCACCCCGCCCAAAUCGCCAUCUUCAGCCCAGCGGCAGUUGAAGGUUCUCAACCAGCCCUUGCCUGACCUCAAGAAUGUCAAGUCUAAGAUUGGAUCCACCGCCAACCUUAAACAUCAACCCAAGGGUGGACAGGUCAUGAUUCCGAGCGUUAAGCUGGACUUUAGCCACGUGCAGGCUAAAUGUGGCUCCCUGAACAAACUCCAGCACACCCCGGGCGGAGGAAAUGUCCAAAUCCAGAGCAACAAAAUCGACUUGAGCCACAUCACUUCCAAAUGCGGCUCCAUGUCCAACAUCCGCUACAGGCCAGGCGGAGGCAACGUUCGGAUUGAGAAUGUCAAGCUGGACUUUAAAGACAAAGCUCAACCCAAGAUCGGCUCAAUGGACAACGCCAGCCACAUGCCGGGUGGCGGGAACGUGAUGAUCGAGAGCCACAAGCUGAGCUUCCGUGAGACCGCCAAAGCCCGGGUGGACCACGGUGCGGAAAUCGUUGUCACCCACUCCCCCGGGCUGGGGAUGGGCGGCACCUCGCCUCACUUGUCCUCCGACGGCAGCAUCAACCAACUGGAUUCGCCGCAGCUCUGCACACUGGCCCAAGAUGUUACGGCCGCGCUGGCCAAGCAGGGCUUAUGAGCCGCCUGCUUUGGAUCAUCCCUCCAUGGUCCUCUCCAGACCCUCCAUCUCAACGGAUCUUCUUUCCAGAGGCAUUUCAAAAGAGAAUCCUCCAGUUACUGUUCAUCCACUCCGUACACAAGUUACUGUUUUCUUCCUUCGUUGGACUUUGGUGUAAUUUGAAGAGAGCGUGUCUGCUAUAAGAUUGUACAGCGAGUUUUUUUUUUUUUUUUUUAAAGCAUCGCCGCACUGCUCUUGCAUGAGGACCACUCUUAAAGUAAACUCAAUUUACAGCAACUUAGAAAAACUGUGACAAAAGGAACUACUAGCUUCAUAUCUGAGAGUCUGAUGAGCAUGUCGGUUUGAAGAAACGCAGCAUUGAAAGUAAGAAGAAGAUUUGGUUUUAUGAUGUGAUGUUGGGAAGUUUGUGUUGUAUGUGUUUUUAUAUUUCACGGUAGUUUUCUACGUUGGCUGUGGCUGCAUUCCUCAAAUACAUCGAUUUUUAUUUCCUGCAAAUGAAUUCUUGUUUCUCUGCUUUUUAAAGGUCGUUGAGUAUGCAAAAGGUCUUUUUGGAAAAAAGCUCCUCACACUAGCUUGGGGGGGGGGGGGGAGUUACUCCAAAAGAGAAAAUGAAAGUGUGAUGUUUUGUAUCCAAACAUUCCGUGUAUGUGAUUGAAGCAGUCCAAAACUGAAGAGUGCAUGGAAAACGUGUGGCGCGGCUGGCUGUAAUACUUUCAGAACUGUUCUUGUGUGUUCUCCGCUCACUGUUGUGAAUGUCCCGCCCUGAUGUCUGUUAUCUGCCCUCCAGUGUUGAUCUCCAUCUGUGGAUGUGUAUUUAAAAAAAAAAAAAAAAAAAAACAUGUUUGCAAUGUUGUCAUGGGUAAAUGCUCACGUGGAAAACAAUGACAAGGGAAAUAAAGAAGACUAAAAGUA